AUGAGGCUGUGGCUGUGGGCUUGGGUGUGGGUGUGGCUGCUGGGGCUGGGGGCCAUAGAAACAGCACCCAGCCCACAGAGGGCCAACACCUUGACCCGGGGAGCAGAGUCUGUGCUCUUCCUGGACAGACCUGACUUCUUUGAUUACCUGGACUCAGACCAAGCCGGGCUCCUGGCCGUGGCCCGGUUUAUUGGAGAGAAACCCGUCAUCUUUGUUAACUCAGGAUACAACUCUGAGUUCUUCUAUCACAUCCUAGUGGGUGCUCUGGUAGUGGCCUUCCUCUUCCUCCUUUUCCAGUUCUGCACACACAUGUAA